CUGUAAUAAUGUCUCAAAGGCAUUUUUUAAAUUAAACUUAUCUUCUUCCUUUUAAGUUUUGUGAGAAAAGGAAAAGGAUUAGAAGAGGGUGCAGCAGCCGACGGUCACCACAAACAUUUAGAGAGAGAGAUUGAACCCGACGGAGAGAGAUUGACGGCGUCCGGCGGUAGUUCUCGUUCCGGCGUUCGACAGGUUCAGCGGCGUGACGCCGUUGUGAUUCGACAGUGGUAGUUCGGGCGUUUGAGUCUCGGGCGGUUGGGUCACGUUUUUCGGGCAGAAACGGCAAAUUUUCCGGCAAUUAGGCAGAGACGGCGAGUUUUGGGUAGCGUUUGGGUCUCAGUUUUUGGGCAGUGACGUUGGGUUCCGACGGGUUUGGAUCAGUUUCGUAAUUGGGUGUUAAUCCGACGUGUUUGGGUCUUGUUUCUGGGUCAUUUUUGAAGCGUUUCAUUCUCAGAUUCAUAGAUUAUUUGUAGAAAGAAUAUACUCAUGUUGAGAUGGUUUGAUGCUGAUAACUUAGCCAUGUGUGAAUGAAGCCUUGGGAUUACAAGUUGUUCAGUUGCUUGUUUUCAGGUGUGGAUUUACAUCAAUCCUUUAAGCAAUACAUUUUGCUCUCCUUUCAUUUUCAUUUCUUGUUAUGAAAAUCAAGCACUCUCUAGAAUCAAUCUCAACAAUAAAGCAUCAUUCAUUGAGAGGAGAUAAAUUUUGAUAUUACUUCACAGAGAACCGAAUCUGAAUCCCCAAAAUGCCCCCUCUGUAUCUAUAUAUUCUUCAAUUCCAUUUAGAUUCCGAACCAUAGUUAUUAAGGAGGUGUUUGUUGGACCGUAAUGGAAUAGGAAUGUAAUCUAAUAGAAUCGAAACCCAAUGCAAUUCCAAACCUAUUAUGUUCCCACAGUUUCCAAUCCAGUUUUCACACUUCACAGUUUCAUUUUCUUUCCUCCCUCAAUCUUCACCGUUCCAACAUCUUUCUGAUUUCAGUAAUCUUGAUUACACUCUAGCUCUCCAAACGGCUGCUAAGAACACACUUAAAAAGAGAGAAUGAGAUUCCCACGAACUUUGAAGAUAUGGAAAAUGGGGAUUGUCAAUUACAAAGAAGCACUCCAUCUCCAAGAAAAACUCGUCUCUGCUAGAAAAUCCAGUAAAAUCCCAGACACACUCUUAUCACUUCAACAUCCACCCACAUACACACUUGGAAAAAGGCGAACUGAUCAUAAUCUGUUAAUCCCCGAGUCCGAUCUAGCGAAGCUAGGAGCUGAACUUCACUAUACUGAGAGAGGGGGAGACAUUACGUUUCAUGGUCCAAAUCAAUCCAUUCUGUACCCGAUAAUUUCCCUUAGAGAUGUUGGAUUUGGGGCUAGAAAGUAUGUGGAGAAGCUGGAACAGACCAUGAUUGAAAUGGCAUGUUUGUAUGGAGUGAAAGCUAGAGCUGGGGAGAAAGGGGAAACAGGAGUUUGGGUCGGAGAUAGGAAAAUUGGAGCCAUUGGAGUUAGAAUUUCAAAUGGGAUUACUUCUCAUGGUUUAGCUUUUAAUGUGGAUCCUGAUUUGAUGUAUUUUAAGCAUAUUGUGCCUUGUGGGAUUGUUGAUAAAGAUGUGACAUCUUUGAGAAAAGAGACUAAGGAAGUGCUCCCUGGCGAAGAAGUUUUGGAAGAACAGUUGAUUUCUUGUUUCGUUAAGUUAUUUGGAUAUUGUAAAACUCAGGUGGAGAAGAUUCUUUUGACUGGAUUAGAUUUUGGGGAUGAGAUUGAGAAUUUGAAAUAACUUUUAGUUGUGUAAUGUAACUGUAACUGUAACUUUUUUUAAAUAAUAUUUUAAAUUAGUUUCUUGGCA